CUUCUAGUUGCUGAGUUUGUUUUUGUGGGACACUGCCGUCAACGAUGACGAAAGAUAGAGAAGAACGUAAGAGGGAGAAGAAAGAGAGGAAGGAGAAGAAGCUUCGCGAGGCUGAAGAGCUCGCCGUGAAGGAGAAGAAAAUCUCGAAAAAACAUAAAUCCAAAUCCAAAGAGACAGAGAAACCCAAGAAGAAAUCGAAGAGACACGUAGUCGAAGAAGAGGAGCAGUCUCCUAAGAAAUCGAAGGAGAGCAAGAAGAAACACAAGAGAUUGAUAUCAUCAGAUGAUUCCGAAGAAGAGGAACAACCUCCUAAGAAAUCGAAGGAGAGCAAGAAGAAACACAAGAGAUUGAUAUCAUCAGAUGAAGAAGAGCCAGAGACUCAUCAAAUCGUCGAUACAAAGUCCGUUAAGGUCGCGGUUGUUACAACAAAGAAGGAGUCGGAUUCGGAUUUUGAGUUGGAUAAGGAAGACAUCAAGCAGCUUCUUGAGUCUUACUCUAAGGAAGAGCUUAUUAACCUAAUUUACAAAACCGCUGAGAAAGGUUCUAAAUUGAUCUCUGCUGUGUUUGAAUCGGCGGAUAGAGAUAGCAAUCAGCGCAACAUAUUCGUGCGUGGUCUUGGAUGGGAUUCGACGCAUGAGAAUGUCAAGGCGGCUUUUGAGGUUUACGGGGAGGUAGAGGAGUGUAAUGUGGUUAUGGAUAAGGAUACGGAGAGAGCUAAAGGUUUUGGCUUUGUCUUGUUUAAGACGCGUAAAGGAGCUAGAGAGGCGUUGAGGAAUCCGGAGAAGAGAAUGUAUAACCGAACUGUGGUUUGUAGCAUAGCUAAGCCGUAUAAUGCUGCGAAGACGCGAGAACCUGUUGAAUCUGUCAAGAUUGAUUUAACUCAUACGGCUAAUCAGAGUGAAGUGGCUUUGCCUGGUGGGAUUGAUUUGGCUCCGGGACAUGUGCAUGGACUUGAUAAGGGACAUCAGCAGCAGCAGCAGAAUAUGGCAAUGUAUGCUGGAUACAACAUGCCCUUUUACGGACAUGCUCAGCCUCCUCCUGGUUUUAAUCCCAUGUAUGGUGCAAUGAUGGCUAAUCAAGGUGCAAUGAUGUCUAAUCAGAUGGUUCCUGGUUUACCGAACUAUCAUAUGUUUGGCUCGGGUAUGAUGAACCAGGGACCUAUGGUGCCACCAAACCAUAUGGGAAUGCCGGGGCAAUAUGUUGGUGAUGGUAAUGUUAAUGGUGUUGGUGUUGGUGCUGGGCUCGGGUAUGAUGAACCAGGGACCUAUGGUGCCACCAAACCGCCGGGGCAAUAUGUUGGUGAUGGUAAUGUUAAUGGUGUUGGUGUUGGUGCUGGUUUUGAUGGUAAAGGUGCUUGGUAUCUGAGAUAAGAGAGACCAAGUGGUAUGACCCUCUUCUCUGAUAUUUUAUGUUGAUUAGAUUUCAAGUUAUAGAUUAGGCUAACGACUAGUCCGGUAUCUUCAACUUGAUAUUUUGGGAAUUUCCGAGUUUUUUUAUCUUCUAUGCCUGCUGUUUCAAACUUACUUUUUUGGUUUCAUUAACUCUGGUCUCUUUUUAAGGAGGUUUUAUUCAUAUAUGUCCCAUUAUUCUGAGGGAAAUGUGCGUUUAAAUGAUGAAUUCUCUUGCUCUU